CCGCACACAACCACCGCACACACACACGCACACAUCCACCCUCCCCUCCCCUAUCGCCUCCCUCCCUCUCCACGCCCUCCUCCUCUGCUCUCUCCCUCUCUCUCUCCCUCUCAUCAGCAUCACCGCUGCCUCCGAGUUCAAUUCGCUAGACGGCCGCAGCAGAGCGACAGGCAAGAAAACACACACAGAGAGAGAGGUAGCGAGAGAGACACACACACAUAGUAACACGAGAGAUAGAGAGAGACACACACACACGCGCACAGCGAGAGAGACACACACACGCACAGCGAGAGACACACACACAGAGCGAGAGACACACACACAGCGAGAGACACACACACGCACAGCGAGACACACACACACACGCACAGCGAGACACACACACACACGCACAGCGAGAGACACACACAGCGAGAGAGACACACACACAGACCGACACACGCAGCGUGCGCACUGUCACACACACGUGCGUCGUCUUUGCGCAUUGUCACACGUAACCUGCCCUUCACGUGACAGCAAAUACACACGGAGCGCGUUGCACAGAGGGACGCGUAAUGCAGCAGCAGCAGCAUCGGUAGCAGAGAGAGAGAGAGAGUGAUAGGGAUUGCACUGCAGUUGAUACGUUAUUGGUGGUAGCGGUGGCGGUGGGUUGCCGCGUAAUCGCGAGAAGGUCGUGGAUGGUAGCGAGGGUCGUGAGCAAUUCGGGCCUGUAGGAGGGGAUUUUUUUUUUCUGUUGCGUCGAAGCGGAUCGACGCGCUGACGGUGCUGGGGACGCGGAGGAAGGUCAAGGAGGAGGAGGAGGAAGAGACGCAGUUGGUGUGACCCGGUGCCCGGAAUCGAACCGUGGAUUUCUUUAUUUUUUUUUGCGAGAGGCGAUGGACAGAAAGAUGCAUCAUCUGUCUGGCGAGGAGCUGCUGCUGCUGUUGCUUGCAAUUGCAGGCACGUGCGUCGGGGGAGCGCGCGGGGUCGUGGUGACCGUGAACCCGGCGGAGGUGACGGUGGCGAGGGGUCAGGCCGCCGAGUUGCCGUGCUCCGUCAGCUCCAACGCGCCCACGCUCAACAAUCUCGUCGUGCUGUGGAUCGCCAACACGGAGCGCGGCGCAGGGGAGCAGGUGCUGGGCUUCAUGGCUGGCCAGGUGGUGAACGGCUCUGCGAGCUUCGCGGGUCGCGCCGACUUCACGUCGCCCAUGCCGGGAUCGGCGGUGUCGGUGCGCGUGGAGCGAGCGCGCGAGAGCGACGCGGGCACCUACACGUGCUCCGUCAACCUGAUCGCUGACCCCCCCGGGGGGGUCGGCGUCGUCACUCUCACCGUGCUGGUUCCUCCCGCGACGCCCAGGUGCACCAUGGAGGGCGACCCCACGGUGGGCACCAACAUCACGCUCACCUGCAGCUCGUCCGAGGGCAACCCCGCUCCCUCCUACCUGUGGACCCGCCUCGAGGCAGCCAGGAAGCUGCCGGCCAACGCCGCGCUGGGUCGGAAGGAGGGCACGCUCACCCUGACGAACGUGAGCGCCGACUCGGAGGGCGUCUACUCGUGCACGGCGCGCAACUCCGUGGGCAGCAGCAACUGCACCAUCACGCUGGCGCUCAGGAUCCCGCCGAGUGUGAACGUGGGUCUCGUGGCUGGGGUGCUGGUGGGCUCGCUGCUCGGAGUGGCGCUCGUGCUGCUGCUGCUGGGCUACGCGUGGGCGCGGAGACGCAAAGCGACGGGCAAAGAGGACGAGCUGCCCAACGACAUCCGGAUGGACGCGCCCCCCCCGCAGUACGCCGCGUCGGGCAGCAAAGCAGGCAGCACCCCGAGGCCCGGCUCGGGCCUCAGCAGCCUGAGCUCGGCGCCGGGGCCUCCGUACAAACACCCGGCCAACGGGGCGGCCGCCCACGGCCCCGCGACGCACAGGGCCGGCGGCUCCGACAGACACCACCACCCUCAUCCUCACCACCCUCACCACCCUCACCACCACCCUCACCACCACCCUCACCACGCGCACCACCAGCAGAACGCGCCGCACUUGGUCGGGGCCAACGGGCACGGCCGCGCGCCGGCGUUCGCCGUGGUGGACGCCAACGCCCCCUCCGUGGUGACCGCCUCGCUCGUGAACCCGGCGCCCGGCAGCGGUCGGCAGAACGCGUACGGCCAGAAUCUGCAGCCAAGCCGCUGCGACGAGGCGGGGGUCCCGUUCGAGCCCCUGGCCAAUCAGACGUCUCCGCUGUCGCCAAGCAACGGGCCCACCCCAUCUCCAAUCCCGAUGACUUCGCCGGGUCCGAUGGACUUCGGCGUUGGAGUGUCGCCGGUUCCGGCCCGCGCAGUGUCACCAGGCAACCUCGUGCGCAUGGGAGGAGUCCCCAUCAUGGUGCCGGCACAGAGCCGGGCAGGAUCCCUGGUCUAGACAGGGCCCGGCCAGCCACCGGCUACCACUGCCACCGCCCGGCUACUGACAUCUCCUAGCCACCGGCUGCUGUGCAUCUACCGCUGACCACCUUCGAGACCCCUCCACCCGUGACCUCGACCCCCCCAUCCCCCCCCCCUCCAUCCCUCCCUCCCUCCCUCCCCCGUGCCGACUCGUCCCUGCCGUCGGCCUACUCCUCCUCUUCCGCCAACCCCCAUCUCCACACCCAAAAAACCGCCGCCUUCACCGAGCGCGACUCAAGGAUUUCUUCUGUCCGCCCGUUGACGAUGCGGCCGCCGUCGGUGAAGGGACGCGGACAAAACGCCGGCGGAGAGACGCGGUCGCUGAGACCCACCCCCCACUACCACCACCACCACCCCCGUUUAUUGCCGCCACGACGAUCGGCCGCUGGUGACCGCGACCCCGAAUCGCCGCCCGAGGCCAAGGUGACGUGUUCACGCCGAUCGAACCUGAACAGCGGCGGCAACAGGGACACCGCCGGUGCAUUUUGCGCCAUUCGCCGAAAGGACCAUCGCGAUGAUGCCUCGCCAAAAGGGAAGCGCUUUUUUGGGGGGGGGGGGGGUGCAUCGUCGGCACCGCGCCGGGAACGAGCGUGCCCCUCUUGCCAUCGGCGCAGAUGGCCCCAUCGACGAGGGCCCGGCGCGCACGGCCGACGGGGCCAACCGAGCGGCGACGUCGGAGCCGGUCCCGGCAGAAGCCUCCUGUGCCCACGUGCCGCAAGGGAGCGCGGCCGUGCGGAGGGGUUGGUGGGACGCCAGGCGAUGGGGGGCCCGCCGAUCGUGGCCUGCUCCGGCCCGCUCCGGCCGUCUCUCUCCGUUCCCUCGGUGUUGCUCCCGGCGCCGCGCGGAAACACGAGACGCGCUGCAGAGGGGCAGCACGGACUGCGUGUGCGCCGCCGGUGUUCCCGCUUCACUCGCUGAGCCCCCCCACCCACCCAACAGCCCCCUCCUCCCGCCACCCUCUACAGCUCCCCCCCCCCAACCAGCACCAUGAUUCGGCUCACCAGACGGCUCUUGGUAAGCCCCAUGCUUCCAUCUGGGCGGCGUGGAUGAGUGCCUCGUAGCCCUGAUGUCGAUCUAAGCCUCUCGCCCGCCCGCCCGCGGAAUAGUGACGCACGCGGGGCCACGUGGCACCGUGCCCACGCGUGUCCCUUUAAAAUGAGCAACUUUCGCCCGGGUGGGCGAGGUGGGUGGGUGGGCACCUAGGGUCACAUGGCCCCCGUGACAUUCCCAGAUACGUGUUGGUUAUUUGUUUCAGCAGCGUAAGAGGCUUAUGGGCACGCGGUGCAGCAGAUUAAAUGUCGGACUGGCCGGGAAAAACAACAACAACAAGGAGGCAUGACGGUGUUUUGUUUACCAGUGGUUCUCGCGUCGAGGACAACGCGGGAGGCGCUUCCUCCUGUAGCCGGCGGUGGAAAUUCCACAUUCCCAUCGUGGGGGGGGGGGGGGGGGCACUCUGCCCCGAACAUCAACCGCUGUCAAGUGCCCGCGAAGCGUUUACUCGUUUUACCGACCCCCCCACACCCCCCGAACGGGAUGAUGAUGAUGACGACAAAGGUGGUGGUGGUGGGAUGAGUCAACCACCACCCCCACCCACCCCAUCCAACUCACCCACCCCA